GCUUCUUCUGAUGGUAAGAGUCUCCAAUGCCUCUCAUCACAAUGGACUGUACAGCAACUUUUGGUUGUUCGGUGAUGUCCAUCAUCGCAUUGUGACGUGCCUUUCAGAUGGCACGAAACCCUACAAUGGAUCCUAACGGCACUUCAUCUCGACCUCUUGACGAGUCUCUGUUUCGCGAACUUCCACAGCUCCAAAGUCUCCGCAUUGCUCCUCUCCGACAGCCUGUCUCUUCCCGUCUGCUGAGCGUUCCAUCACCUCUUGAACCGAAUGCCACUGGAAUCGGUGAGCCAAAUGCGAGCACCAAAUCCAAUACGCCUGGAACGAAUCAGCCCGCCAAUCUCCCCACUCUUACGGAGUUCUUGAACGCUGCCCAGUCGAAGAAGAACGGUCAUGCGGUAGACACGCUUCUGAGCUUGGAGCCUCCUCCAAAAACCAUAUUGCCAGCUUUUGUUAACUUACGAGCUUUGGAACGAUUCCCGUAUUCCUCGUUCGACGAUGACUCUCUGGCUCGCAAGCGUCGCCGUUUAGAUGUUCAGACAGAUUCCUUCGGAGAACAUUUGCAGCUUCCGAUCCCUCAGGCGCAGAAAGAACAUCGACCUCCGCCAUUUGGACCUUUUGCAAUCCUCAAUGGACUGAAUGAACCGCCCCCCAACGCUGCUCUCCUGCCUCCUAUCGAACCUGGCUCCAUCACGCAACUGCUCACCAAACCAUCGCGGGAUGCCGCUGUUGUUGAGUCCGUUACAUUGACUGCUACCACGACGACGGUUACUCAGACUGCUGAACGAAGGGAAGGGAGAAUCGAGGAUAUCCUUGACUCGCCCAUCGAUGACAAGACCGCCAGUGCUGACCAAGAUCCUGUGGAAGCAAACCCUUCAGUGAAUGGGGCGACCGUUGAUCGACCCGGGGGCGACAGUGACAAGUCCGAAUCUGAUAAGACUCCUACUCCGCCUGCGGAUGAUGUCGAACCACUUUCUCCAAAGACAAGGGGCCGCUCCCGUAAGAACCUUCGCAAAUGGACUGAGGAGGAGACGACAGCAUUACUUCGCGGAGUGGUCAAGUGCGGUAUCGGUAACUGGACAGCUAUCUUGGCGCAGCCGGAACUGAAAUUCAACAAACGAAGCGCUUCAAAUUUGAAAGACAGGUUUCGGGUUUGUUGUCCCUGGGCAUAUCGCGCUGCCGAUCCAAACGAGGCCACAAAGCAGUUGCACGAUACGUUGGCCAAUGCACUCCUCAGAGCUGAGACGGAAGGUUCCGAUGGCACGGCUGGAAAGAUUCUGCUUCCACAACCAAGGCCGGCCAAUUCGGAGUCUCAUUCUUCCAAUGGAGGCUCAAUGGCCAAUGUGAACGAGUCAGCCUCCACCGGCUCGUCCUCGGAAGCCGAUACCAAAACUCCAAAGUCCCGCUCGAAAUACGGGCCAUCUUUCAAGGCCACACCUACUCUUUCAAAUAGAUCUAAAUCCACUCUUGCUUCUCUCGGCAUUCCUGAACCACACUUUGCCAUGAAAUCCCGGCGUCGCUCCCGCCGCCCAUUUACCGUCGCUGAAGACGAAGCUCUACUCAAAGGGUAUGCUGUUCACGGAUUCCAGUGGACACUCAUUCAGCAAGAUAAACGCUUGAACCUUAGCCACCGGAAAGCAACUGAUCUUCGGGAUCGAUUCCGAACCAAGUUUCCCCACGCGUAUCGUGACGGGGGCUCCGUCAACGGUAGAUCAUUGCAUAGCCAGAGUCAAGGCGUAGGCCUGGCAGAUACAAAAAAAGCACCUCCCAUAAAACCCAAUACACAACCUACUCGGCAAUCCACGUCCUCCGCACGAGGCGGUAAAACUGAUUGGGCAGACCAAGUCUCCUUGGGACCUAUUGAUCCGGCCCUCUCCCCGCCUGCUCCUCCACAGGGCUUGCUCGAGGCGGCGGCAAACGCGCCAGCAGGAACUACAAUUCUGCAUUUCCCACUGGACGAGAACUCUUCAAAUGCCCCCGGCGUUGACGCAUCCUGGGCGGAUAACACACUCGCACCGAUGGUCUGGGAUGAGCUGGCCUAAUUCUACUUUUUUCCAUACCGGCCGUUUAUUGACCUUCUUACUCUCGCUGCCCAUCAUCUUCUAAUUUUCCCACUUACACUCGUUGCCGUUGCAGGCUUCUCCAUUUUCGGGCCUUUUUACACUCUCAUUCUCGCUUUUUCCAUUCACCUCAUCUCAUUCCUUGUUUUGUUAUCGCAAUUUGCUCUGUUUUCGAUCAAACCCAAUACCCCGCAGUACACGAUGGUUUUGCUAAUUAAGUUUUGAAACACUCGCCUUUUAUCCAUGCCAGCUCGGCGUUGGCAGCAAUGGGAUUAGGAAAUGGAAAAGGAAAGGAAAAAUAGAAGAGAAUAGAAGAAACUGAACUUCUACCGGUGAGGAGACUGAUAAUAGUUCUCUGGUUCUCCGGAAUUGA